AUGCCACUUCAAGAACGACGUAUCUCGGCUUAUCAAUUGCGUACGAUUGAUUCUGUCGAAGAAACUUCAUCGUCUGGUAAGGAAGAUAGCUCACCCGAGUCACCGGAACAACAACAACAACAACAGCCACCACAAUAUGGUCAAUAUUUGGAUCUAAAUGGACAAGCUCCACAUCAAGGUCGCUCUCGAACGAAAAAGACAAAAAUACGCAGUAAAUCCCUGCAGCCACAAUCCAAUAUUGUCCCAUGGCGUAAAUCAUCACGCCCAAGACGUGGACGUUCAUUAGACAAAUCACCAUUUUUACCUGGUUUUAAACCUGAACCUGUUAAGUCAUGGACCGAAGAACCAAUUAGUUUAAAACCUGCAGCUAUUGAAAAGAAGGUAAUACCAAAAAUGGAAGCUGCUAAGAUUGUUUUGAAAUCAAUAAAAAGUGAGCGUGAUCAUGGAUUGAUGAGCAUCGGCGCAACGUUAGAUAAAAUAAUAGCUGGUAAAUCAGAGAAAGAAGCCAUUCCAUGGAUAACGAUGCGUGAUAAACUUAAGAAAGUCGAGAGUGUUCAACAUCAGUUAGAUGAGUUUGAUUUGGAUGAAGUGUACUUGCGACCUUUGGAACAGCCAAUUGAAACUGAACCGCAAGAACCAAAACAAGCCAAGAUCGAGCAAACAAAACGUGACAAAGAAAUUCAACGAUUGAAGAGUAUGGAAAGUAUUGAAAUUAUGGAAAUGACUGAACAAAUGAAUAAGUUGAUUACUCAACACCAGAAGGAAGAAACCAUACCUUGGAAAGAAAUGCGCCAACAUUUAAAAAGUGUAGAACGUGUUCACAAACAAAUUGAAAAGUUCAAAAUAGAAGAAGUCGAACUACGUCAUUUGAAAGCAGAAGAAAUUGUUCUUCAAGAAACUUCGACAACUACUGAAGACAUGGUUAUAAUGCAAAUUGAUGACACAUCAAAGGGAUCAAUUGAAAAGGUUUUACGACGAGAAGAUCUCUUGAAAUAUGAUGACGCACUAAAUGUUAAUAAACAACAAUUUAUCACAACAGAAGAUAUAAAUAUGUUAAAUGUUGCAGAACGUGAAAAAAUUGAAGCACAGCGUCUUAUUAGGGAGCAACAAGCAAUAAACUGGCGUCAAAACCGCAUUGCACCUAAAUUACAAUCCAUGCAAUCUGUACAGGAUACAGUUGGUAUGGAUAAUAUUAUACGAGAGGAGCAAAAUGUGGAACGCCAACAAUUUGUAAGUAUUGAAGAUAGAAAGAUGAUGCAUAUGCAACAACAUGAACAUCUGAAAACCGUCACUCAAAAAACACACGAUGAACAAGCUAUGAAUUGGCGACAUCCAAGACAUCCUCAACAGUACCAACAAUUAGAUGAAUCUACAAUUUUGUCUGUUCAAGAACGUGAGGACUUGAAUGAUGAACAACUAGUACAACCGACACCCGUUUUGUGGGAAAGAGGUAAAACUAAGCCACAGAAGCCAGAAUUUGCACAGCCUGAAUCACAAAAGCCAGUCACAGAAUAUCAAGACAUACCUAAAACAUAUGAAGAAGUUCAUGAUGAACUUACUGAAACAGUAUAUCAACAGCCAAAGGAACAACCAAUGCCAGUAAUGUGGGAACGUGGUAAAAAGCAAGUCAUAGCACAAGAAAUAAAUGACAUACAAGAAGUGAAAACGCAGGUAGAACAAGUUGUAGAAGAAACAAAGAAAGUUGCCACACGCAGAGUUAUACAACCUGAGCCAGAGCAAAAAAUGGAACAGGUGGUACUCAAACCAAUACCUAGGCAAAAACCAAAACCAGUGCAAAAAGAAGAGGAAGUAAUUAUUAAACCUGCAAAAACCAUAAUUGCUGCUCAAUCUGAGGAAACACAACCAACAAAAGCAUAUGAAGAAGCAAUCGAUACACUUGAAGAACAAACUCCUUCAAAAAUAGAAAAUAUUGCACCUGUUAUGUGGGAGCGUGGUAAAAAGAAACCAAUAAUCGUUAAGGAAACAGUGGAGGAAAAACCGGCUAAAGUAUUUGAGGAAGAAGUCGAUAUACUUCCAGAGCAAUUACCUGUAGCAGAAAAAGAAGAUUUACAACCAGUUUUGUGGCAAAGAGGUCAAAAGAAAGUACAGAAACCUACUAAAGAAGAUAUUACCGAAGUUCCUGUAAAUACAUAUGAAGAAGCCUUUGAUGAGUUAAUAGAAGAACCAGUACAACAAAAACCGGAAGAACCAACUCCAGUUAUGUGGGAACGCGGUAAGAAAACGUCAGUAAAACUAGAAAAAACUGAAAAAAUUGAAAGUACAAAUGCUGAACAGUUGAUAGAGGUACAGCAAAAGAAGGUUACCCGUAAAAUUAUUCCACAUGAGCCAGAACAAAAGAUGGAACAAGUGGUACUUAAGCCAAUACCAAGACAAAAACGAGUAGAAGCGCCAAAGCCUGAGGAAGUGGAACUCAAGCCUGCUGAAAAACCAAAACCUGUUAAAGAAAUUGAGGAAAUUAAACCAACAAAAUCAUAUGAAGAAGAGAUUGACGAACUAACUGAAGAAGUUUUGCAAAAACCUCAAAAUGACUUACAACCUAUAUUAUGGGAACGUGGAAAGAAAAAACCAAUUGAGCAAAAGGUUGAAGAAAUAGAACAAGAUGAAGAACAGGAAGCAGUUCUAAAUAUUCAGGAAGAAAAUAUAGUUAAAGAAGAUGAAAUUCUUAAAAUUAAGAAAGUAAAAAAAUCGAAGAAGAAGCAUGUUGGAGAAAACCUAGAGAAAUAUGAUGAAACCGAGGCAACUUCCACAAUAGAAGAAAUGCAACAGGUAGAUGAAGUUAAAGAAAUACCUACAAAAACAUAUGAAGAAGCCAUUGACGAAUUAAAUGAAGAACCAGAGGUUGAGAAACCAGAACCAAUAAUGUGGAAACGAGGAAAGAAGAUUACCAAACCGAAAAAAGAAGAAGAAGUAGCAGAAAUACCAGUAGAAGAACCAAUAAAAGAAGUAAUAGAAGUUCCUCAGAAAACAUUCGAAGAAGUUACCGAUGAAUUAAGUGAAGAACCUGUUAUAGAGAAACCUGAACCAGUUAUGUGGAAACGAGGAAAGAAAGUCACCAAACCGAAAAAAGAAUUAGAUGUUUCACCAGAAGUACCAUUAGAUGUGCCAGUAGAAGAACCAAUCGAAGAAAUAAUAGAAACACCUCAGAAGUCACAUGAGGAAGUCAUUGAUGAACUAAAAGAUGAACCAGCCGUUGAGAAACCAGAACCAGUAUUAUGGAAACGAGGAAAGAAAAAGGUUCCUACACGUGAAGAAGUUCCAGUUUCAGAAAUACAAGAAAUAGAGGAAACUCCUGAAAUAAUAGAACAGAAUGAAGAACAAAUUAGUGAAGAAAUUGUAUUAGAUAAAGCCCGUAAAACGAAAAAGGUAAAAAUACCUAAAAAGCAACCUGUAGACAAAAAAGACGAAACUGUUGUUGAAGUCCUUGAUGAAAGUGUAAAUGAUGUAGUUAUGGAUGAAGAAGUUAAUCAACAAAUAGUAGAAAAACCUCCAAAACCUGAAAAGAAAACCAUUGUUCCUUUGGAACCUGAAACCGUAGAAAAAGUAGUUUUAAAACCAGUUCCUAGAAAGCAACUUCCCAAAGCUGAAGCAGAAAAAAUAGAGGAAGUAUCACUUAAGCCUGUCAAAAAGACAAUAAUAGAAAGUGACACUCCACAACCUGAACAAGUUGAAGAAUCAGAAAUUGUUGAAGAUAAUAUAAAGCAAGAAAAAGUUACUACUCGCCGCAAGAAGAAAAAACAAAAACCAAAAUCAGAGAAACAAGAAUUGGAAGAAGAAGUUUUGGAUGAACUUUCAGAAGAUGAACCAAAAGAAAUUAGUGAAAUUUCAGAGGAAGAAGAACUAGUGAUACCAACACCUAAAAUAGAAGAAGAAACAGUUUCGGAUUCUGUUGAUGUAACAGAAAAACCUAAAGUCAUUCAAAAACCUUUAAAGAAACCAAUGCCAAUUGAGGAGAAAUUAGAAGAAGUAACACUGAAACCAGUUAAAAGACCAAUUAAACAAAUUCCUCAAGAAGAAAUCAUUGAAGAGGUACGUCUUAAACCUGUUAAACAUGUUACACCUGUUCCAGAAGAGCAAAAAUUGGAGGAAGUGAUUUUGCAGCAUGUAGAAAAGCUUGAAGAACAAGUUACUGUUGAAGAAAAGAAAAAAGUAAAGAAGGUGAAAAAACCAAAACCGGAAGAACUCCCUGAGAUUCCAGAUGCAGAACCUGUAGAAUUAGAAAAGGCUGAACACAUUGAUUUAGAACGUAAGCCAAUUGAAGAAGAAGAAACACCUAAAAUGCCAUACAAACGAGAAGAAAAACCAAAACCAAUAGAAGAAAAAGUUGAAGAAAAACAAUGGCCUACAGGACGGAGAAAACCCUUACCCGAGGAACAACCGGAAGAAGUCACUUUGAAGCCCAUACCUGCAAAGCCUAAGGAAGAAAAACCUAAAGAAACUCCUCCAAUUUCAGUACCAAAAUUAACACCAGAGGAAAAGAUGCCGUCAGAAGAAAAGGAGUUAGAAAUUCAACCACCGAUCAUCAGUGAUGAAAAACCUAAAGAACGAUCAAAGAAAGAGAAAAAGAAGAAACCAAAACUUCAAAAAGCAUCACCGUCUGUGGAAGAAAUCUCAGAAGAAAUUGCUGAACCAUUUGCUGAACCUAUAGCCGAGGAAGAUCAAGUUGAAGAAAUUCCAAUCGACGAACUAAAAGAAGUGGCAAUUUCAGAAGAAAUUCAACCUGAAGAAGAAGUUAUAUCAAGUGAAGUACUACCCACAACUAAACAGAAGGCACUCAAAAAACGUACAAAACGGCUCAAGGAAGUUUCAUUCGAAGAACAACCUCAUCUUCUUGAAUCAGCAGUCGCUGAGGAAGACGAAAUUAUCAAAGAAGAUGUUUCAGAAGAGAUCUCACAAAAGACUAUUACAUUAAAGAAGACUGAAGAUACCAGACCGCAAUUUAUUACUACAGAGCAAUUAAUUGAAUUAGAUGUUGAAGAUAUUAGAAGAGACAUAGAAAUGAAAGUUACGUCAAAUAUAGUUAAAAAAGAAAAACGAAGAAUUGUUAUUGAUGAUAGUCAACCACUUCCAGAACUUGAGUUAAUUACACAAAAACGUGUUCAAGAAGGCAUUGAUAAGGUGCCUGAUGAGGACUUAAUUGAAGACCAAAUCUUACAAAAUAAAGAAGAAACAACAAGUUCUGAAGUAAUACAAGAAAAGAAGGUUGUGAAAAAGAAGAAGAAAGAAAUAAAACCACCACGUAUCACUGAGAAAUUACGUCCUCGUCAAUGCAUUCCAGAGGAACCCACUGUUUUAGAAUGUAAGGUUGAGGGUGUACCAUUUCCUGAAAUUAAUUGGUACUUUAAUGAUAUGCUGCUCUUCGCCUCUGAAAAGUACGAAAUUUCUGUAGUAGAGCAUGUAGCAAAACUAAAAAUCGCUAAAGUUACACCUACCGAUGUUGGAGUAUAUACCUGCGAAGCUCGUAAUGAAGCCGGGGUGGCAACUACUCGUACAAAUCUCGUUUUAGAUAAAGAACAAGGCAUUGCACCGCAAUUUUCUAAACCACUGAAAAUUGAAUUUACUGAAGAAAAACAACCUGAACAGCUUAAGGUUACCGUAACAUGUCAAGUGACAGGUCUGCCAAAACCAGCUGUUAAAUGGUAUCGAGGAAUAGAAGAAGUUUUGCCAAGUGAAACAGUGCAAAUGUUUUACAAUGAAGAAACUGGCGAUAUUGCUUUGGAAAUAAUUAAUCCAACUCCAAAUGAAGCUGUCACUUAUUCUGUGCAAGCACAAAACCAAUACGGGCGUGCAAUAGGCAAUGCCAAUAUUUUAAGUCGUGUAGAUGAGCCACUCAAAGAAAUACUCAAGGCACCAACUGUAACGCCACUUAGUGCUCUUGUUGUACCACAUGGUGGAACUUUGCUAUUUGAAGCCACAUACACUGGUUCUCCUAAGCCAGAAAUUAAAUGGAUGCGUAAUGGACGGGAAAUAACAGUAAAUGAGGAUGUUACUAUAGAAACCACUGAAACCACAACCAUAAUUAAAAUCAUUAAUAUGACUCGAAAACGAACUGGCAAAUAUGAAGUGUGUGCUAAAAACAAAAUUGGAGAGGCUAAGGCAUCAGGUUCAGUCGUUGUAACCGAUCAAGCGCCAAACAAAGAAAUAAAACCACCACGCUUUAUACAACCAUUACAACCAAAGUACUUUGGUGAAAAUGAAGUUGCUAUACUUGAAGCUAUUGUGGAGUCCGAACCGUUAUCCUCCUUCCAGUGGUUUGUACACACAGAACCAAUAAAAAGUUCAACAGAAUGUCGCAUCGUGUCUCAAGCCAAUAAAUCGACGCUAUUAAUCAAAAACUUUGAAAAGAAAUUCGUUGGACCAUACACUUGCCGCGCUGAAAAUGUUGGUGGUUCUGUUACUUCCACGGCAACUGUAAAUCUUUUGGAAGAAAGUCCACAAGAAGAGGCUGUCGAAUUUGAAUCACCACGCUUCAUAGAAGAACUAAUACAACCCGUUUGUGUAAUGGACGGUGAAGCAUUAUUGCUUACCUGUAAAGUUAUUGGCAAGCCGAUUCCAAAAGUUGAGUGGUAUCAUAAUAAUGAAAAAAUUAUUGAGACUAAAGAAACAACCAUUGCUCAAGAUAACGAUGGUAAUUGUGAACUACAAAUUACUGAAGUAUUUCCUGAGAAUGAUGGUGAAUACAAAUGUGUAGCUACAAAUAAAAUUGGUGAAACUCUAACAAAAACUACUGUUAACAUACAAGCAUUUGAAUAUAUCCCCGAUUCUGAAAUCACUGGACUGACUGCUUCUGAGGAAGAUAUUUUAGAUAAGACCCUUUCAAUUGACGAGCAGCCACCGAAAAUUAUUAAAAAAUUACCGGAAAAAAUCGAACCCAAAGAGGGUGAAUUAGCGAAAUUGGAAGUCAAGGUUAUUGGUAAACCAAAACCAAAAGUCAAAUGGCUACGUGACGACGAGGAGAUAUUUGCUUCUGAAGAAUAUCAAAUCGAAAAUUUCGACGAUGGCACAUCUGUAUUAGUGAUAAAUCAUGUUUAUCCUGAUGAUGUGGGCACAAUCAGCUUUGAGGCUUAUAAUCCACUAGGAGUAGCAGUUACAACAGCACUCUUCGCGGUAGAAGGCAUCGUGGGAUCCAAGGAUUACCGAAAACCAGAAUGGGUUACUCAUAUGGAAGAGAUGCAAAAGGCUCUUAAAGAAACAACAGCAACUAUUACAUCCACUAAUGUGGAACAACAAUCACAUGUACUACAAGUACAAAAGCAACAGGUACAAUUACAGGAACAAUUUGCACAGAAACAAAUUACACAGGAAGUAGAGUAUGAUGUGCUUAAAAAGGAUAAGAAACAAAAGAAAAAGAAACAAUUACAAAUACAACAAAAACAAGUACAAGAACAACAAAUUUUAAUCGAAGACCAACAUAUAAUGCUUACUAAACAAGUUGAACAAACUGUAAAAGAAAAUAUACCUAAAGAAGACCUUGAAACAUUUACGGAUGAAUUAAUUGAAAAAAUACCAGAUACAAUACCAACUUUAGAAACACUGGAUAUACAUUUACAUUCAAAGGACAUCGUCGAAACUAGUGAGUUAGGCAUAGUAGCGCAACUAUCCACAGAAAGUAGGCAGAGUGUUCAAGCCCAAAAAGAAAUCGUAGCUGUAAAGAAUGUUGCAACACAAGAAAUGUUAGAAACGCUCGAUAUUGAAAGUACAUUGAAAUUGUCAAAACAAAUUCCCAGUGAGACAUGUGAUUUAGUGUCAACUGAGAAAAAAAUGAAAUCAAUUGAAACUGAAGAAAUAAAUGUCGAGCACAGUAUUAAAGAUAUCACAUCAAGUCCAUUGCCCUUCAACGUUACCGCAAUUGAAAGCAUUAACGAACAAAAAUCAAUAAUUGUUGCUCAUCAAAGACCAAUGGAGGCAAUUGAUAGAAUUGAAACCACAAAACCAGUAGAAAAAUAUGCCAGUGCUGAAGUAAUUCCACUUCACCCUCAGGAACAAACACUAAUAAUAACAGCUGAAAUACCAAAAGAACUACAAAAAGACAAUAUUGCAAAUAUGAUAGAAAGCACAGUUUCUGAUUUUACUGAACUCAAGAAUUUUGUUGUGGAAGAAACCAUAAGCAACGAAACUGUUGCAGAUCAUGUAGUAAAUAAAUUACCUACAAAACUGAAAAUCACUUCAAAUCUUGUGCCCACAGAAGCAAGUAUCGAAAUAUCAGAAGUAGAAACCCAAUUUCCCUCUGAACCACUCGCCGUUAAAACGCCGCUAAAACAUACAGAAACUGCAAUUUCAGAUAUUAUUGACAAUCACGCUUAUUCCUCACAGGAAGUGUAUGCAAUUGAUGAAGCAAAUGCUCUACCAGACCAACUAACUCCAAAACCAAUACAGGCAAUCACGGAUGUGGUACAAGAAUUAAUACCAAUACAAGUUACUGAAGAAAUACUUGGUGAAUCACAACCAAUUGAAAAAAUUAUUAAACCAAUUUCUACAGUUCAAGCAUCUGAUACUUUAGUUUUACUAGAGAGUUUAGUUACUCAAAUACCAGAUACGCAAAUUCAAUUGCAAGAAAAAAUGCCAGAUAUACAUGAAGAUAAAAAAUAUGCUUCGAUGGACUUAAGAGAACAUAACUAUUUAAUCACAAGUGAAACAAAAGUUGAGGAAAUUAAUCCAGAACAUCUGCAAUUAAAAGAUGUAUUAAAAUUCAAAGCCAAUAAAAUUAAUCAGAUAACUCCGUUCUUAACACAGGAAGUGUCUGAAACCCAUAUGGAAGAUCACGUUGAUAGCUUAUUAAAUAAUCAAUUAGUUAAACCGCAAUCAAUUCAGGAAGUUUUAUCUACACCUAAUACUGUGUCCAUAACUUCGCAGAUGGUACCGCUUGAUACAGCCGCACAAUUUAAUCAAGAAACACCACAAUCGCAAAACAUUAAGAGGACCUUAUCGAAUGUACAAACAGUGGCUAAUAUUAGUGAAACACAAUUUCAAGAUAAAGAACAGAAUUUAGAUUUCAAAACACCUUUAAGCGUUUCAGCUAAUUCAGAAAUAAUAGAACAAAUUACUUGUAUUGUGAAAGAGAAUCAACCAUUAGAAUUACUAAAUCAAUUAAAUUUUGUUGAAAAACCAAAUAUACAAGAAGCAGAUCAAGUAACUAUUUUCACAGACCUUAAAGCACCAAACAUUUCUGAAGUGAAUACCGAAAGUAGCACAAAACCAAUAACAGCUGAAGAUAUGAAUUUAUUAACCGCAAAUCGUGUCGUAAGUUCUAUACCUACAAGCGUGAAAACCGAAAACGUUAUUCUAGAAAGUAAUAAUUUGGUUGAAUUAUUCACAAAACCGGAUGAAAAAACAAUAAAGCCUUUUAUUGAUGACAUCAUCAUACCAUUAGAAAGAGUGGAAGUGCAGUUAGCAGAAACUGAAAAAACAAUAAAAGACACACCAGAAAUAAAAGAAGAAAUUAAUUUACUACCAACUUCUAGUACUCACAGGUCAUUACAAGGUACAACAUAUUUACCUCUUGAUACAGUUUCCCACAUACCAUUUCAGCCAACACCAAGCAAAGUAUUUGCUGAAAUCGAUAUUUCAUCCCAAAGCGGUACCGAAAUUUUCUAUCAAAAACCGCUAGACAACACUUUUCUUUUAAAACCUACUACAAUGCCUGAAACUCAAAAGGUUAGUACCGAAUUAGAGGUUUCUAUACCAAUAGAAGUUAUGACACCUGUAUGUAAUGAAAAGGAAGAUAUAAUUGCUACAGAGCAACUUCAGUUGAAAGAAGUAACUAUUCUCAAUCAAAACCCACUUGCAGUGGCCAACACCAAUAUUGAACAAUUAGUGGAUUCAGUUUCGGACAUAAAACUUCAUAAAGAAAUUGAACAAAAUGCCAGUUUUAAUGUUAAUCCAAUAUUGCCAACAAUAUGUGACGAAGUAAUCCCCUUAGAUGCAGUAAAUAAAUAUGAUUGUAAAAUAACGCCUUCAAAUAAAAUGCCCACGGUUGAAUUAAUGGAAAGUAGUCAUGCACUUGAAGUUUUGUCAAUAGUGCCAAAUGAAACAGAGGACAAAAUUUUCUUGCAACAAAAAGAACAAGGAAAAGUAGAGCUCAGAAUUAAUGACACUACUCAUAAAUCUCUUUUAGUAAAUAAAGUGGAUAUACAUGAUACUGUAGAUAAAUUGGAAAGUCCUCAAUUCGUCCAACAACAUGGCAAAGCAAUAACUAGUACAUUGGAUCAAAUAUCAGUUCAGCAAACAAAUGUUUUUGAAAAAGAAAAUACUAUUCAGAUUUUGGAAAGACCACAAGAACAAUCUGCGGAAUUGCAAAUAAGUGAUCUUGGCAAAGGAGCAGUUGUUAUAAACGAGAAAAAUAUUUUUGAAAUAGAACAAGAACUGCACGUUUCGACAAUAAAAGAAAGCCAUGUUAAUUUAUCAAAUACAGAUCUGUUAAAAGUACCUGUUGUUGAGCAAAUAAAUGAUGAACAAAAUCUUGAUAAGAUAGAAAAAUUCAAGUUCACAGACGCAAUAGCAUCCAGUAUAUGUGAUAACUUGUUUGGUACUAUUAUUACUGAAACCCAAGCGUUUGAAGAAUUGAACACUCCUAAACAGACAAUCAAUAAAUUUGAGUUACCGGUUGAUAGUACCAUCGUCACAAACGAACACUCAACUAUAGACACAAUAAACACUAUCUUAGAAAAAACUGAUUCAUUCAAUACUAAACCUUUAAGCAAUGCCUGGGUGCAACAAAAAAUAAUACCUGAUCUCAAAAACGUGGCCGUUCACGAUGAAACAAGUAUACUAGAUAAUACAGCUAAACUCGCGCAAUUAGUUUCAAAUAGUCUUAUAGCGAAAACAUCAUCAACUAAGAUACCACAUACGUUACACAUAACUAGCGAGACGCAAACAUUUGAGAAUGUUGAUGCUGCACCUGUAGAUGUCUUACUACAAUCCCAUCAGGCUAAUAUUGAUCAUGAGUUAAAACACGUGCACACAACACUUGAAAACCAAGCUGUAGAACUUGAAAAAGCGUUUACAUCACCAGAGCAUACAUUGUUCACAGCCACUGAAACUGCAAAUGCUCCUAAAUUUGGAAUUCCUUUACUGCAAGAAACAAAUAUAGAGGAACCAACAAAUAUUGUGCCCGAAUUUGAAGUUAAAAAAUUUAUAACCAAACCGUUUAUGGAAGGUCAACAACACGAAGUUAUCACAUCGGAAAUUCAGUUAAUUGAAGAAUUGGAAAAACUAACUGCUAAGGAAUAUAUUACAACCAAAGCUAAAUCUGAUAUUGUAGACACGUUUAAGCCAUCCCACGAGGAAAAUGUUACCAAUAUUUUAAUGAAAGAAGAAAAUAUAAACCCUUUCAAACCAAAUUCUGAAACAGCAAAAAUUUUUUCGGAAGGACUGUUUCAAGAAACAUUAGUAACUGAUGUCAUACCAUAUGGUAAUCUAGAUAUUAUAAAGCCGUUACCUCUUUUAGAAAAUAAGGGUAAUAUUAGCUUUAGUGAAAAUGUUAAACAGGCUCAUAUACAAAAUGAGAUUAUAACAUUACAAAAAGAAAACUUAUUUAAGGAAAUUACACCGAAUAAGUUUGCAAAACCUAUUAUUGACGGUACACAACAUGGAAUGAAUACGACUGAAAUAACUUCGCUAGAAUAUGCAACCAACAUUAACGAUGACUUCACUUUAGAAGCAAAAGAAGCUCAGUCUGGUGUCCAAGACGUAGUGAAACAAGUACAAACUGUUGGCGUUCAACUCUUUUUGGAUAAGGAAUCGAAUUUAAUAUUAGAAAAUACUCCAUCACAUAAAGUAAAAUUAAAUGUUGAACAUACAAACGUAGACAAAACAAUCUCUCAAGUAACUGCAUAUGAGAAUAUAAAAGAAUUAAACACAAUUGAAGAAAUUAAGAAACAACAAGCCUCUAUUAAAAAGGAUAUAACUUCAAAUCAAGCAAAACUAAUAUCAAAUGAACCAGUUUAUAUAAAAGAAGAAUUAAUAACUCCUCAAGAAAUGCUUAAUGUAAAAGCAGUAUCCUCUCAUGAAAAACAUGAAGCAAUAGUAAAUGAAGAGAGAUUGUCUUUAUAUGCAAUCACCGAAAACUACAACUUAACACAAAGACAAGAACUACAUGCAAACUUAGCACCUAACACUACAGAAAAAACUGUUGCUAUUUCCGAAAUAUAUGCUAUUGAAAAUACAGAUUCUCUUAAAGAAAAUGAUAUAAAUACAAUUGCUUUAAAGGCAAGCAUUACUGACAAUGAACUCAAAUCGGUCGAAAGCAGUUACAUCCAAAGUUUUGAAGCUGUUCAGGAAGUAGAAGACAGUAAAUCAUAUGAAGGAAUUAAUGUAAAAUCAUAUUGCGUAUUAUCUGAACAUAAAGCACCUACAAUUGAGACAGUUUUGUCUGUUCCAAGCUUAGAUUAUGUUGAAUCCCCAAUUGUAAAAGAGAAAACAAUUAAGGCGACAACUGAAUUAAGUGAAAACUAUAUUGUAACAGAAGCAACAAUGUUUGAAGGCGUUAAAACUUUGCAAACUCCUGACGAAAUACUCCAAAAAGUUAAUAUUGAACUUGAAGAUACUGUACUAGCAGCUGUUACAAAUGAGAUUCUACCUUCAGGUAAUAUUGAAAAAAUGGAAUCAUCAAAGCCAUUAAAACAAACAGCGCUCAUAAACACAACUAGCCACAGCACAAGCAUACAAGAAGAAAUUCUUUUAGGCGAUACCACCGAUAACUUCAGUAGUCAACACUUUCCACAGAUUCACUCUGCCACUUUAAGUGUAACUGCACAUAAUGCAGUAGAUUCGAAUGAAAUCAGGGCAUAUGAAAACACUAAUAAACACAUAAGUAAUGAAAACUGCCAACUCACAACACUAGAACCAACUCAAGCAUUAGAAUAUGGAGAUAUGAAAACACCAACACAUUUUAUACAAGAAACAAUAGAAAGCACAGACACAGUUAAACUAUUAAAAACUAAUAAAAACUAUGCUGCUUCAAACUAUGAACCAAAAAUUUCUAGAAGUGAAACAGAAACUAUUACACUAGAAAGCGAAAAACCACUACUGGAUAGUGAACUACAAACUAAAAACAAACAAAUUAACGAAGAUGCUUUAGAGCGAAAUAUAACACUGCAACAAAUUACUUUACCAUUCGACAAAGAAACAUUUUUAAAGCCAGCAACAAUACCCACACUACAUAAUGCUUCAGAAUUUUUACAAGAAACAGUAAUAACGCAAGUAUCAGUAGAAGAAAAACAGGACUCUACACCGAUAUCAAAACACAUGGUAAAAUUAGUAUCCGAUACAACACAAACUCACACUUCAGAACACAAGCCACACAACCAAACCCAAAUAAAUACCAAAGAAUGUGAAAACAAAAUACCAGAAGAAAGAAACAAAGAUCUAGAACACAUAAAAGAAAUUCCUGAGGAGGUUCGAAUAAUUGAAUCAAUCGCAGAAGAUGGUAAACCGAAAAAGAAAACUAUUCGUACUCGUGUCAUUAAGAAGGUUAAAGGUGACAAACAAGAAGUUACGAAAAUUGAAACCGUUCAAGAAGAUGACAAACAACCUGAAACUACAGUUACGGUUGAAGAAAUUCCUGCUGAAGAGGAAAGACCAGAACAAAUACAAGAAGUUCCGGAAGAAGUUCGUGUUAUUGAAUCAAUCGCAGAAGAUGGUAAACCGAAAAAGAAAACUAUUCGUACUCGUGUCAUUAAGAAAGUUAAGGGUGACAAACAAGAAGUUACGAAAAUUGAAACUGUUCAAGAAGAUGACAAACAACCUGAAACAACAGUUACGGUUGAGGAAAGUCCUGCUGAAAAAGAAAAACCAGAACAAAUACAAGAAGUUCCGGAAGAAGUUCGUAUUAUUGAAUCAAUCGCAGAAGACGGUAAACCGAAGAAGAAAACUAUUCGUACUCGUGUCAUUAAGAAAGUUAAGGGUGGCAAACAAGAAGUUACGAAAAUUGAAACUGUUCAAGAAGAUGACAAACAACCUGAAACAACAGUUACAGUUGAACAGAGUCCUGCUGAAGAAGAACAGCCAGAACAAAUACAAGAAGUUCCGGAAGAAGUUCGUGUUAUUGAAUCCAUCGCAGAAGAUGGUAAACCGAAAAAGAAAACUAUUCGUACUCGUGUCAUUAAGAAAGUUAAGGGUGACAAACAAGAAGUUACGAAAAUUGAAACUGUUCAAGAAGAUGACAAACAACCUGAAACAACAGUUACAGUUGAAGAAACUCCUGCUGAAGAGGAAAAACCAGAACAAAUACAAGAAGUUCCGGAAGAAGUUCGUGUUAUUGAAUCCAUCGCAGAAGAUGGUAAACCGAAAAAGAAAACUAUUCGUACUCGUGUCAUUAAGAAAGUUAAGGGUGGCAAACAAGAAGUUACGAAAAUUGAAACUGUUCAAGAAGAUGACAAACAACCUGAAACUACAGUUACGGUUGAAGAAAUACCAGCCGAGGAAGAACUACCAGAACAAAUACAAGAAGUUCCGGAAGAAGUUCGUGUUAUUGAAUCAAUCGCAGAAGAUGGUAAACCGAAAAAGAAAACUAUUCGUACUCGCGUCAUUAAGAAAGUUAAAGGUGACAAACAAGAAGUUACGAAGAUUGAAACUGUUCAAGAAGAUGACAAACAACCUGAAACCACAGUUACAGUUGAAGAAAGCCCUGUUGAAGAGGAAAAACCAGAACAAAUACAAGAAGUUCCGGAAGAAGUUCGUGUUAUUGAAUCAAUCGCAGAAGAUGGUAAACCGAAAAAGAAAACUAUUCGUAUUCGCGUCAUCAAGAAAGUUAAGGGUGACAAACAAGAAGUUACGAAGAUUGAAACUGUUCAAGAAGAUGACAAACAACCUGAAACAACAGUUACGGUUGAAGAAAGUCCUGCUGAAGAGGAAAAACCAGAACAAAUACAAGAAGUUCCGGAAGAAGUUCGUAUUAUUGAAUCAAUCGCAGAAGACGGCAAACCGAAAAAGAAAACUAUUCGUACUCGUGUCAUUAAGAAAGUUAAGGGUGACAAACAAGAAGUUACGAAAAUUGAAACUGUUCAAGAAGAUGACAAACAACCUGAAACAACAGUUACGGUUGAGGAAAGUCCUGCUGAAGAAGAAAAACCAGAACAAAUACAAGAAGUUCCGGAAGAAGUUCGUAUUAUUGAAUCAAUCGCAGAAGACGGUAAACCGAAAAAGAAAACUAUUCGUACUCGUGUCAUUAAGAAAGUUAAGGGUGACAAACAAGAAGUUACGAAAAUUGAAACUGUUCAAGAAGAUGACAAACAACCUGAAACAACAGUUACGGUUGAAGAAAGUCCUGCUGAAGAAGAAAAACCAGAACAAAUACAAGAAGUUCCGGAAGAAGUUCGUGUUAUUGAAUCAAUCGCAGAAGAUGGUAAACCGAAAAAGAAAACUAUUCGUACUCGUGUCAUUAAGAAAGUUAAGGGUGACAAACAAGAAGUUACGAAAAUUGAAACUGUUCAAGAAGAUGACAAACAACCUGAAACUACAGUUACGGUUGAAGAAAUUCCUGCUGAAGAAGAAAAACCAGAACAAAUACAAGAAGUUCCGGAAGAAGUUCGUGUUAUUGAAUCAAUUGCAGAAGAUGGUAAACCGAAAAAGAAAACUAUUCGUACUCGUGUCAUUAAGAAAGUUAAGGGUGACAAACAAGAAGUUACGAAAAUUGAAACUGUUCAAGAAGAUGACAAACAACCUGAAACUACAGUUACGGUUGAAGAAAGUCCUGCUGAAGAGGAAAAACCAGAACAAAUACAAGAAGUUCCGGAAGAAGUUCGUGUUAUUGAAUCAAUUGCAGAAGAUGGUAAACCGAAAAAGAAAACUAUUCGUACUCGUGUCAUUAAGAAAGUUAAGGGUGACAAACAAGAAGUUACGAAAAUUGAAACUGUUCAAGAAGAUGACAAACAACCUGAAACAACAGUUACGGUUGAAGAAAGUCCUGCUGAAGAGGAAAAACCAGAACAAAUACAAGAAGUUCCGGAAGAAGUUCGUGUUAUUGAAUCAAUCGCAGAAGAUGGUAAACCGAAAAAGAAAACUAUUCGUACUCGUGUCAUUAAGAAAGUUAAGGGUGGCAAACAAGAAGUUACGAAAAUUGAAACUGUUCAAGAAGAUGACAAACAACCUGAAACAACAGUUACGGUUGAGGAAAGUCCUGCUGAAAAAGAAAAACCAGAACAAAUACAAGAAGUUCCGGAAGAAGUUCGUAUUAUUGAAUCAAUCGCAGAAGACGGUAAACCGAAGAAGAAAACUAUUCGUACUCGUGUCAUUAAGAAAGUUAAGGGUGGCAAACAAGAAGUUACGAAAAUUGAAACUGUUCAAGAAGAUGACAAACAACCUGAAACAACAGUUACAGUUGAACAGAGUCCUGCUGAAGAAGAACAGCCAGAACAAAUACAAGAAGUUCCGGAAGAAGUUCGUGUUAUUGAAUCCAUCGCAGAAGAUGGUAAACCGAAAAAGAAAACUAUUCGUACUCGUGUCAUUAAGAAAGUUAAGGGUGACAAACAAGAAGUUACGAAAAUUGAAACUGUUCAAGAAGAUGACAAACAACCUGAAACAACAGUUACAGUUGAAGAAACUCCUGCUGAAGAGGAAAAACCAGAACAAAUACAAGAAGUUCCGGAAGAAGUUCGUGUUAUUGAAUCCAUCGCAGAAGAUGGUAAACCGAAAAAGAAAACUAUUCGUACUCGUGUCAUUAAGAAAGUUAAGGGUGGCAAACAAGAAGUUACGAAAAUUGAAACUGUUCAAGAAGAUGACAAACAACCUGAAACUACAGUUACGGUUGAAGAAAUACCAGCCGAGGAAGAACUACCAGAACAAAUACAAGAAGUUCCGGAAGAAGUUCGUGUUAUUGAAUCAAUCGCAGAAGAUGGUAAACCGAAAAAGAGAACUAUUCGUACUCGUGUCAUUAAGAAAGUUAAGGGUGGCAAACAAGAAGUUACAAAAAUUGAAACUGUUCAAGAAGAUGACAAACAACCUGAAACAACAGUUACAGUUGAACAGAGUCCUGCUGAAGAAGAAAAACCAGAACAAAUACAAGAAGUUCCGGAAGAAGUUCGUGUUAUUGAAUCCAUCGCAGAAGAUGGUAAACCGAAAAAGAAAACUAUUCGUACUCGUGUCAUUAAGAAAGUUAAGGGUGACAAACAAGAAGUUACGAAAAUUGAAACUGUUCAAGAAGAUGACAAACAACCUGAAACAACAGUUACAGUUGAAGAAACUCCUGCUGAAGAGGAAAAACCAGAACAAAUACAAGAAGUUCCGGAAGAAGUUCGUGUUAUUGAAUCAAUCGCAGAAGAUGGUAAACCGAAAAAGAAAACUAUUCGUACUCGUGUCAUCAAGAAAGUUAAGGGUGACAAACAAGAAGUUACGAAAAUUGAAACUGUUCAAGAAGAUGACAAACAACCUGAAACAACAGUUACAGUUGAAGAAAUACCAGUCGAGGAAGAACUACCAGAACAAAUACAAGAAGUUCCGGAAGAAGUUCGUGUUAUUGAAUCCAUCGCAGAAGAUGGUACACCCAAAAAGAAAACUAAUCGUACUCGUGUCAUCAAGAAAGUCAAGGGUGACAAACAAGAAGUUACGAAAAUUGAAACUGUUCAAGAAGAUGACAAACAACCUGAAACAACAGUUACGGUUGAAGAAAGUCCUGUUGAAGAAGAAAAACCAGAACAAAUACAAGAAGUUCCGGAAGAAGUUCGUAUUAUUGAAUCAAUUGCGGAAGAUGGUACACCGAAAAAGAAAACUAUUCGUACUCGUGUCAUUAAGAAAGUUAAGGGUGACAAACAAGAAGUUACGAAAAUUGAAACUGUUCAAGAAGAUGACAAACAACCUGAAACAACAGUUACAGUUGAAGAAAGCCCCGUUGAAGAAGAAAAACCAGAACAAAUACAAGAAGUUCCGGAAGAAGUUCGAGUUAUUGAAUCAAUUGCGGAAGAUGGUAAACCGAAAAAGAAAACUAUUCGUACUCGUGUCAUUAAGAAGGUUAAGGGUGACAAACAAGAAGUUACGAAAAUUGAAACUAUUCAAGAAGAUGACAAACAACCUGAGACCACAGUAACGGUUGAAGAAAUUCCUGCUGAAGAAGAACAGCCAGAACAAAUACAAGAAGUUCCGGAAGAAGUUCGUGUUAUUGAAUCAAUCGCGGAAGAUGGUAAACCGAAAAAGAAAACUAUUCGUACUCGUGUCAUUAAGAAAGUUAAGGGUGACAAACAAGAAGUUACGAAAAUUGAAACUGUUCAAGAAGAUGACAAACAACCUGAAACAACAGUUACGGUUGAAGAAAUUCCUGCUGAAGAAGGAAACGAAACAAAUACAACAAGAAAAGAUGGUACACCCAAAAAGAAAACUAUUCGUACUCGCGUCAUUAAGAAAGUUAAGGGUGACAAACAAGAAGUUACGAAAAUUGAAACUGUUCAAGAAGAUGACAAACAACCUGAAACAACAGUUACGGUUGAAGAAAUACCUGCUGAAGAAGAAAAACCGGAACAAAUACAAGAAGUUCCGGAAGAAGUUCGUGUUAUUGAAUCAAUUGCAGAAGAUGGUACACCCAAAAAGAAAACUAUUCGUACUCGUGUCAUCAAGAAAGUCAAGGGUGACAAACAAGAAGUUACGAAAAUUGAAACUGUUCAAGAAGAUGACAAACAACCUGAAACAACAGUUACGGUUAAAGAAAGUCCUGCUGAAGAAGAUAAACCAGAACAAAUACAAGAAGUUCCGGAAGAAGUUCGUGUUAUUGAAUCAAUUGCAGAAGAUGGUAAAAAUGGUGAUUUGUCUAAUGAACGUCCACGUCUUGGGCGUGAUGAUUUACGCCAUGGGACAAUAUUGGAUUGUGGCUGCAGGGAUUUACUGCGUAUUUUUGUCUUUUUCGUUCGAGAGCGACCUUGA